AUGCAAAACAAUGAACAAUCGCGUUAUUCGUUAUUGGGAACACCUAUUCCUAAUUGGAUGUAUUCCGUGUACAACAAUAUAUUAUGGUUUUUAUUUGGAGCAGCUUGUUCACAACUAACUACAGAUAUUGGUAAAUAUACAAUAGGAAGAUUGAGACCACAUUUUUUAGACAUUUGUAAGCCCGAUGUGGACUGUAAUAAUGACAUGAAUAAAACAAAAUAUAACGAAGAUUUUACAUGCGGCGGAGAAAGGCCCAACAAAUUUAAAGAUAGUAGACUAUCAUUUCCUUCUGGGCAUUCUUCAUUAUCGUUUUAUUGUAUGGUUUACUUAGCGUUAUAUUUACAAGCCCGAGUUAAGACAUCUAAGUAUGGAAUGGCAAGAAGUUUAGCUCAAUUUGUGGUUAUUUUGAUGGCAACGUUUUGUGGACUAUCACGAGUCAGUGAUUAUAAACACCAUUGGAGUGAUGUAUUGGCUGGAACAAUUUUGGGAAUUACCACUGCUACUAUAACUGCAUUAUACGUAUCGGAAUUAUUUGCGUCAAAAUAUAAAUCCCUCCGAAAACGCAAUUCUUCAGCAGAUGACAUCGAAACUACAAAUAAUUUACAAACAACCGAACUCAAAUAA